CCCACCAAGCCACCUACCAACCUAGGUAGCUGUGUACUGGCGUCAUUCCUCCACCGUUUCGUCCGUCCGCUCCGAGGACGCUUGACCUCACCCCCUCCUUGCGCUGCUGUCCUGUCUCUUUCCCCCCCUCGUCCACCAAGCCCACGCUACCUAACAGUAUUAGUCCCGAAAAGCUCCGUAAGACCGCACACGACACAAGACAACACCACGCACCACGCACAGUUGUCACUCAAUCCUUUUAGCUGUACGUGCUGUGUGACUUUGUCUGCAUCGAUCGGGUUUCCUGGAACCCUGGACGAGUCAGGCCCAGUGAGAGCUGCGUGAGAGUCUUGACCCGCGCCCACCCGCUUUCGCUGGACAGGACUAGUACUACAGACCGGCAGACAGACCAUUAUCGCAGGAGUUCCUUUUACUUCAUCUUGCUCUUAUUCUACUUACGCCUCCUCCCUUCCUUCCUCCAUCACAUACCCUGAAUUGAUUAAUUGCUAUCCCAUCCCUCCAUCCAUCCAUCCAUCCAUCACCAGCAAGUCAUCCAUCCGGUAAGCCCUAUCGCUGGCACGCAGGCAUUCGCGUUCCACUGCCUGCGUCCCCAACUCGGCACCCUCCAUCUCCAUCCCACCAAAGCUGCACUUCCCCAAGAUACAUACCUAGUCCGCUACUACGGUACGCCACGGGUAAGCAAGGCAGCCCAGGGGGGCCUCAAGGAACCAUCAUUCAUUCAUUCAUUCAUCCAUCCAUAUCUGCCGCCUCCGCCAGGCAAACCCGCUUCGCACACUCGCAUUAUUACCGCCUGCCUCUGCUGUCGCUGCUGCAGCUGCUGCACGCGCGUUUUCUCAAACAAGGCGCCCUGCCCUGGUCGACAGUCAGUCCCCUCAGCCCAAUCUCAAUCUGCCCUCGCCCAACCAAAGAGCCUAGACUCCCUCGAUCCUGGACCACUACGAAUACACUUAGGCAGACACUCCCGUCCGCUCGUCCCGGACCAGUCCACGAUCAACCCUUGUCGUUCCGUGGUGUGUCCCUUUCAGAGACUCUCGCACAGGCAUCCCCCUCCUUCUCCUCCGUCCUUCGUCCGCCACAACGCACAACUGGGGGGGAAGCAUAACGGUUCAAAGUCGUCUCUUCAUCUUUGACUCUCUCUCUCCCUCUCUCUUUUCCUCUCUUUUCCUCUCCUAUCUUGCGCCAAACAGGGUCCCUACACUACUUAAUCCCUGGCUCUUUGGUUGGUCAUCGACACAGUCUGGAUCCCGCGAAGACCUGGGAUCCCACACAUCCCACAUCUGCCAAUUUCUAAGCCAACCACUUUAGCUUUCAGGUGUAUCCGUACUCUGCUGCGGCGGAUCUCACGCGCCUUGUCUAAAGCUCGCCAAAGUGGAGGGGCGGCUCUCUGUCUCUCACACACACCCAUACCCAAACCCACAUACCCACUCUCUCUCUCUCUCUCUUUCUUUCUCUCUCCCUCUCUCUCUCUCUCUCUUCAUCCCACUUUAAGGUCGCAUCCAGAUCCGGUUGCAUUUAUUUAACCCCCAUCGGGCCUCAGCGUUUCGCCACAGCUUUGUUUUCUCAUCUUUCCCGCCUGGAACUGGAAUUGUGGAACGGAGUCGGAGCCCCCUUGCAACAAUCCCGCCGACCGACUCACCGACCGAUAACUCCUCCCGCCAGGGAAUCAUCCAUAAGGGCCGCGCGCCCACCCGAUCCCGAGUCUUGGGCUGUAAAACACCCCCCCCCGUUCAUGGACGACGUCGGUCUAAUCAGUUAUUCUAUCGUGGCAACCAACCACCGCGUCCCCUCCCACCCCAUACCCAUACGGAUCUUCAGCCCCGGUCCUACCUAAGUACCAAUGAAUCCCAACCAGAACCACCACAAGAGCCAGAGGGUUCUGGCUUGUGUCCUUUGCCAGCAUCGCAAGAUCAAGUGCGACCGGAAUACCCCGUGCUCCAACUGCAUCAAGGCAAACGUCACAUGUACCCCAUCCACACCAGCUCCCGCGCGCAAGAGGAGACGACCAAAUCAGGACCUGCAAGAGAGGUUGGCAAGAUGUGAGGCUCUGCUAAAGCAAUAUGCCACCACCUCGACAACCCCGCCAGCGACCCAGGCAACCCUGUCCCCUUCCGCCUUCGCCACGCCCUCAUCGGCUGGCCCGUCGCCGAGCAUACCCCAACUGCCCCUGCCCUCGGGCUCGGCUUCAGUCGCCGAGGAUACCUCCCCGCCGACGACGUCCUGGAAGCCUGCCGGCAAGGUCGUAGUCGAGGAUGGCAGUGUCAGGUUCAUGGACAGCUACCUCUGGGCAACUGUUCAUGAUCAGUUGUCAGCCAUGCGACAAAUCAUCGAGGCCGAGGAAGAGGAACAGAGCGUUCUCGGUUCCGACGCCUUGACUCCCGACGACAACGUAGAUCUUCUCCUGAACGACAUGACCGCCAUCGACCUGGAAGACGUCACGCCAUCGCCUGUCCAGAUAUUCAGACUCUGGCAGGUCUUCUUGGAGCGGGUCAACCCCAUCACCAAAUUGAUACACGUGCCUAGUCUGCAACCGCUGGUUGUAGAGGCCGCCGCAAAUCACUCCAGCGUCGCCAACAAUGCGCAAGCGUUGCUCUUUUCCAUCUAUCUUGUCGCAUCUCUCACCAUGACCGAGACGGAAGCUAGACAAAUGUUGGAUACGUCGAAGGAGGAUGCGCUCAAGAAGUUUACCGCCGGUGUCAAGGCGGCCUUGACUAAGGUCAACUUUCUCAAGAAUCAUGACCUGAUGACGCUGCAAGCCUUGAUCUUGUAUCUGGUCUCUCUCCAAGGCCGUUACAACCGCCAUGCCGCUUGGGUCCUCAGUGGCAUCCUGAUUCGAAUCGCCCAAAAGAUGGGUCUCCACAGGGACGGAGAGCUUCUCGGCCUCACACCGUACGAGACGGAAAUGCGGCGGAGGCUCUGGUGGCAGAUCAUCAUGCUGGACACAAAGUACGCCAUGGUGUCGGGUUUCUGCGACACGCUGCUGCCGUGGAACUGGGACACGCAGACGCCGCAGAACGUAAACGACGCCGAUUUGUUCCCCGGCUCGACCGAACCCGUUCAACCCCGUGAAGGGCCAACGGAGAUGGCCUUCUGUCUGCUCCUGUACGAAGUUGGCCGCUUCAUCGUCGAGAACCGGAUCCCCGACUUCGAGGCUGUUGUCCUCGGCGCUAUGGAAAACGACAGCGAGGACUCGCAACUGGCGACGCAGACAUCACUGGCGAGGUACCAGAACCUGGUUGACAACCUCGACGCGAAGCUCGUCGCCCUCGAGAAGCGAUACUGCGACCCUCUGGCCGGCAAUAUCCACAUCGUCGCGACUAAGAUCCGCUCCAUGAUCAUCGACAAAAUGCGGACCAUGAUGAUACCGAUGCGCGAACUGCCAGAGUGGGGGACCGAGAUUUUCAACGUGCAGGACAACAUGUUCCGGAUAUCUCUAAUGCACCACGAGCACAACGCCGAGCUAUACGACUUCAUGGAGAACACGGGGUUCGUGUGGUUCUUCAAAUUGCACUUCCAGAUCGACGUCUUCAUUGUCAUGGCCGGACAGCUAUACAAGAGACCAACCGGCCGGCUGGCGGACCGCGCCUGGAAGGUGGUUGACAGGAUAUAUCAGUACCACGAGGAGCUGUGGGACAUGUCCAAGAAGGAGAACACCCAACUGGGCGUCUACAUGCUGAAGGCGUGGAGGGCACGAGAGCGAGCGCUGGUCCAACUGGGCCUGCCCUACGAAACCCCCAUUGCCAUCCCUCGACUCCAGGACACGGUGCCCCAGUCGAGCUCGGAGGCAUCGUCGUGCGGCCCCUCGCCGGCGCAGACACUGAAGAUGGAAAUCCCGCAGAGGCACAACCAGCCGAUGGACCAGUUCCUGGGCAACUUCCUCGACACGACGAAUUUCUACGACCUGGACAUGUGGGCUGACUUGGGCGUCCCCAACGGCAACAUGAACCAGCAGUCCGCCGCAAACAUGUUUGGACAGUUUGGGAACUUUGGUGCGCCACCAACAAAUAGAGGCUGGUAACGGCAUGGAUGGGAUUUUUGCAUCCUGGUGCUUGGGGGGGGGGGGGAACUUGGGGAAAAAGAAAGGGUCGGACGGGGGACUGGGAUUGGACAUCUCUCGUUACUUACAAAAGAGAUGGAAACUCUUAUUGUUUGUUUGUUUUGGUAUGGCUUUGGAUCUUGCCUUGAUUUUUUUUUAUCUACGGUGUUAGGUUGUAAAGUGACAACAAUCUCCCACAUUGUAACGAUAGUACCAUGAGAUGACGAAACUCCCUAAUGGUAAAAUAGAUGGGUGUCUCUAGUCUAGAGACGUACCCCUUGCGAGACGCAUUCCAACAUGAAAAAUGUUUAAACU